AUGCAUUUCACAAGAACGCUAUUCAAUCAAGUAGCUUCAAAAGCUUCAAGACAAUUACCAGUUCAAAAAAGAGUUCAAAUGGCUUAUGAUUUACAUAUUCCAAAUAAAACAGUUAAUCCAAAUUUAAACAUUAGAUCACAUGAACCAAUUGUUUUCGUUCAUGGUAUUUUUGGUUCCAAGAAAAAUUAUAGAUUUGAUUGUCAAAAAAUUGCAAAUGUCACACAUACACCAGUUUAUACUGUUGAUUUAAGAAAUCAUGGUCAAAGUAUACAUGCUUUACCAUUUGAUUAUGAAACUUUAGCACAAGAUGUUGCCGAUUUCUGUGAAGACCAUGGAUUAAAGAAAGUUAACUUGAUUGGUUAUUCAUUAGGUGCCAAAAUUUGUAUGUUAACAAUGUUACAAAAUCCAGAUUUAAUUAGAAGUGGUGUUAUUAUUGAUAAUUCACCAAUUGAACAACCUCAUAUUGAAAUUUUCUUACAAAUGUUUGUCAAAUCAAUGAUUCAUGUUUUGAAUAGUACUAAAAUUGAAGCAAAUGAUAGUGAUUGGAAAAGAAAAGCUGAUGAUGCAAUGAAGAGAUAUAUCCCAGAUGGUGGUAUUAGAAAAUAUCUUUUAGCUAAUUUAAUUAAUAAAGUUCCAAAAGGAUAUAAAUCACCAGUUAUUGAUUAUGAUGAUGGUUUUAUUCAUUUCCAAAAUCCAGUUAAACAUAUGACAGAAGUUGCAGUUAAAAAUGUUUCAGCAUGGCCAACUGAAAAAGUUGCAGGUAAAACAUUUGAAGGUCCAAUUAGAUUUAUUAAAGGUACAAAAUCUGCAUUUAUUGAUGAUGCUGGUAAAAAAGCCAUUGCAGGUUAUUUCCCAAAUCAUUCUAUCAGUGAAAUCAAUGCAACACAUUUCAUUUUAAAUGAAAGACCAUUAGAAUACGUUAGAGUUAUUUGUGAUUUUAUCAAGACUGAAAGAUUUAGAUCAUUACAAGAACAUUUAAGAAAUGUUGAACAUUUUUCACCAUCAGAAAUUGAAGCCAAACAAGCUGCUAAACAUGCUCAACAAAUUGAAGAAUUAAGAAAAGUUACAUCAACUUCUGAAUCUUCCAUCCCACACAGUACUCAAUCAUCUGAACAAGCUUUUACUGAAAACAUUGAUUUAGCUAGACAAGAAAGAGAACAUCAAAAAUCAGUUAGUGCUUAA